AUGAAACAUAUUCCAAGUAAUGUUAAAGAAAAAUAUGAAAUACUUGGUGUUAUUGGUGAAGGUAUAGAUUUUCUUGUUUUAUUUACUAAUAAUUUAUGUAUAAUUUUUAACAUAACAAUAAAAAUAGGUUCAUAUGGUGUAGUACUCAAAGCUCGAAAAAAAGAUACAAAUACAACAGUUGCUAUUAAACAUUUUAAACAAUCUCCAGGAUAUUGUACUGAUAUGGAUAUAAUUGAACGUGAAUUAAAAAUUCUUCAAUCACUUCGUUUUGUAAAUGUUGUUGAAUUAAUUGAAUGGUUUCGUGAUAAAAAACAAUGUUUUCUUAUAUUUGAAUAUGUUGAAUGGAAUAUGUUACAAGUAUUACAAGAACAUCCUGAUGGUUUACCAUUAGAACAAGUACGUCAAUUAUCAUAUCAAUUAUUUAGUGCUAUACAUUGGUGUCAUACACAUGAAAUAAUACAUCGUGAUAUAAAACCAGAAAAUUUACUUAUAUCAAAAAAUUUUAUAUUAAAAUUAUGUGAUUUUGGUUUUGCAAGAUUUUGUAAUACACAAACAUCAGCAGAUUAUUAUACUGAUUAUGUUGCAACACGAUGGUAUCGAUCACCAGAAUUACUAAUCGGUUCACCAUAUGGAAAACCUGUUGAUAUUUGGGCAUGUGGAUGUAUCAUGGCAGAACUUACUACUGGUCAAGCACUAUUUGCGGGCGAAAGUGAUAUUGAUCAAUUGUAUCGUAUUCAAAAAUGUCUAGGACCUUUACCAUCUAAAUAUAAUGAAGCAAUAAAAACAAAUCCAAAAUUUGAUGGAUUAAAAUUUCCUCCUAUUCAUCAUUUGGAAACUUUAGAACGACGUUAUGGUCAUAUAUUUCCACCUGAUAUAAUGCAUUUAUUUAAAGGAACCUUACGUUUAUAUGCUGCGGAUCGUUUAACAGCUGAAGCAUGUAUUCAACAUGAAGCAUUUGUUUAUUUAAAUCAAAAUCAAAAACAACAACAACAAAAACGUUUACAACGACAACAAAAUCGACCAAAAACUGUUCUCGGUUCAUUAAGUACAUCUCAAGGACAACAUGAUCAUCAUAAUGAAAUAGUACAUUUUGCUAUGCCACUUGUUGAUAGUCGUUUAAGUAGAUGGUAUGAUGAAAAUGGUGAAAUUCAAAUUCGUCGUCGAUCUCCAACAUUACCUGUUCAUAAUGGUAUUGAUAAUUUAACAGAUACAUCAUUUGCUGGAUCAUCUACUCUUAUUCAACAUCAACAAAAAUAUCGUAGUAAUACACAAAUGACUGAUCGAUCAACAAAUUCUCAUCUUCAACGUCAUCAAUCGAAAUUUGCACGAGCACAAUCAAGAAAUCAAUCAUCAUCAAGUGAUGAACGAAUUCAAAUAACUGCUGUUAGUCCUAUUAGUUCAAAUAAUACAAGUGAUGAUGAUGAUGAUCCAAAUAGUAUUCUUUCACAUCAUAGUCGUCUAAGACGAAAAUAUAUUAAAAAUCGUCAAGCAACUCCACCACCAUUAAGUCGACAACAAUCAUUACGUGAACAACAACAACCUUUACCACCACAACCAACAUCUCCAUCAUUAAGAUGUGCAUCAAAUGGAGUUUUAUUAAGACCUAAACAACAUCAUACUAAUAAUCAACAUAAUUCAACAAAUCAUUUUCAAAAAUCUUCAAAAGAUAUGAGUAAAAAACUUAAACGAUUUACAUUAGAUACAGUUGAAAAUCGUUGGCAUCAUCCAUAUCAAACAUUUUCAAAUAAUCAACAAAUAUCUGAAUCUAACAUCUAUCGUUCAUCAAUGGCUAUUGUACCUAGUCUUAAUACUAAUGUAUAUGGUUCUCAAAUGAAUAAUAAUAAUUUAUUAUUAACAUCAGUAAAACAAUCUCAAUCACAACAAAGAGAUGAAUCAAAUAAUGAUUUACAACAAUCAAGAUCUAAGACACGAGAUUUAGUUCGUAGUCGAACAAUUGAUUGUCAUCCACCAUCUAUAGAAACAACACCUAUUCUUCAACGAACACCUUCAAGACAAAAUAUUAUUACACAUCAUCAGAUAUCAUCUGAUCCGAUGGAUCAAGCUGAUGUUGAUACAACAAUUUCAACAACCUAUUCGACUAGUCGUAGUAUUGAACAACAACAACAACAACAACAACAACAAAAUAAUAAUAAUAAACAUGCAUGGAAUUCAGAACAAAGAAAGUCAGCAUAUGGCAGUGAUAAUUAUUUAGUAAAUUCUAAUGGAAAUAAUUCUUCUUUUAGUCGUCCAUGUUAUUCACCUACAAAAAGUGAUUAUGCUCAUGUAAGUAAAAUUGUUAUGGCACCUCAACGAGAAUCAUCUUAUGAUCUAAUCAAAUCGGCUAAAUCAUUAGUAAAACAAAAUACAACAACGUUACCAAAAACACCAAUAGAAUCAAAUCGAAGACAACAAUCAAGUAAUAAUAUUUUUGGUGUAUAUCCUUAUGCUCGAACAGCUAUAUUACAUGUUGCAAAUGCUAUAAUGCCAACAUCUUAUCAACGUCAACAAUCAAUUCGUUUACCAAGUACAAAGUCCCGUCAUCAUGAUCGUUAA